CCUUCUCUGGGAAGAAUCGAGAAAGACGAAACAUGGCUUCUUCUUCUGCAUCUCUGAAAAGAAGAGAGCAACCAAUUUCUCGAGAUGGAGAUCAACUUAUCGUUACUCCUUUAGGAGCCGGAAGUGAAGUGGGUCGUUCCUGUGUUUACAUGUCCUUCAGAGGCAAAAAUAUUCUGUUUGAUUGUGGGAUUCAUCCUGCGUACUCAGGCAUGGCUGCGUUGCCUUACUUCGACGAGAUUGAUCCUUCUUCCAUUGAUGUUCUCUUGAUUACUCACUUUCAUAUAGAUCAUGCAGCAUCCCUACCUUAUUUUCUGGAGAAGACGACAUUCAAUGGGCGGGUUUUCAUGACACAUGCAACAAAGGCCAUCUACAAGCUGUUGCUUACAGAUUAUGUAAAAGUGAGCAAAGUGUCUGUGGAAGAUAUGUUGUUCGAUGAACAAGAUAUCAACAAGUCCAUGGACAAAAUUGAGGUAAUUGAUUUCCAUCAAACGGUUGAAGUAAACGGCAUAAAGUUCUGGUGUUACACAGCAGGUCAUGUUUUGGGUGCAGCCAUGUUUAUGGUGGAUAUAGCUGGUGUCCGGAUCCUCUACACAGGCGACUAUUCCCGGGAGGAAGACCGACAUCUGAGAGCAGCUGAGCUUCCUCAAUUCUCCCCUGACAUAUGCAUCAUUGAAUCCACUUCUGGUGUCCAGCUUCAUCAAUCUCGUCAUAUUCGUGAGAAACGCUUCACUGAUGUAAUCCAUUCAACGGUUGCUCAGGGCGGACGUGUGCUGAUCCCGGCUUUUGCCCUGGGCCGUGCUCAAGAACUUCUUUUGAUAUUAGAUGAAUACUGGGCGAACCACCCAGAUCUACACAAUAUCCCAAUCUACUAUGCAUCACCGCUCGCCAAAAAGUGUAUGGCGGUUUACCAAACCUACAUAUUAUCUAUGAACGACAGAAUUCGCAACCAGUUUGCAAAUUCUAAUCCGUUUGUGUUCAAGCACAUUUCUCCAUUAAACAGCAUCGAUGAUUUUAAUGAUGUCGGUCCAUCUGUGGUUAUGGCUACUCCUGGAGGUCUUCAAAGCGGUCUCUCAAGGCAACUCUUUGACAGCUGGUGUUCAGAUAAGAAAAACGCUUGUAUCAUACCGGGUUAUAUGGUGGAAGGUACACUGGCGAAGACGAUAAUUAAUGAACCGAAGGAGGUGACUCUUAUGAAUGGUCUUACUGCUCCGCUCAACAUGCAAGUGCACUAUAUUUCGUUCUCUGCUCACGCGGAUUACGCGCAGACGAGCACGUUCUUGAAAGAGCUCAUGCCUCCUAACAUCAUCCUUGUUCACGGUGAAGCUAACGAGAUGAUGAGGCUCAAACAGAAGCUCUUCACGGAGUUUCCCGAUGGAAACACAAAGAUCAUGACCCCGAAGAACUGUGAGUCCGUUGAAAUGUAUUUUAAUUCAGAGAAAUUGGCGAAAACCAUUGGGAGAUUGGCGGAAAAGACACCCGAUGUUGGCGAUACAGUGAGCGGGAUUCUGGUGAAGAAAGGGUUCACUUAUCAGAUAAUGGCACCUGAUGAACUCCAUGUUUUCUCACAGCUAUCAACAGCAACUGUAACUCAGCGGAUUACAAUCCCAUUUGUAGGAGCUUUCGGUGUGAUAAAACAUCGCCUCGAGAAGAUUUUCGAGAGCGUGGAAUCUUUAACAGAUGAGGACAUAGGGCUUCCAGCACUGAAAGUACAUGAAAGAGUAACAGUGAAACAAGAGUCAGAGAAGCAUGUCUCACUUCAGUGGUCAUCAGAUCCGAUAAGUGACAUGGUUUCAGACUCCAUUGUAGCUCUGAUUCUCAACAUCAGCCGAGAAGUCCCCAAGAUCGUUGUGGAAGAAGAAGAUGCUGUGAAAUCCGAGGAAGAGAACGGGAAGAAAGUUGAGAAAGUGAUAUACGCACUUCUUGUGUCGCUCUUCGGGGAUGUGAAACUAGGUGAGAACGGGAAACUUGUGAUUAGGGUCGAUGGCAAUGUCGCUCAGCUCGAUAAAGAGAGUGGAGAGGUAGAGAGUGAGCAUUCAGCCUACGAGUACCCGAGGCUCUCUCGUUCCGACAUUUUGACGGCCCUCAAGGAUUUUCAGAUCGCUAGCGUUACAGAGACCGAUCUCAAAAACCCAACUUCCGACUUCGUCUCCGAGCUUUACACAAGAAUUCUUAUCUAUCUCGACGUUCUCAACGAAGAAGAGACUGGGCAAGUUGAUUUUGGGGCUUUGGAGCAACUGGAGAAUCCAGAACAUCAUGCCACCUCAAUGCAAUCUAUGACACUUUAUUGCAAAGUGAAAGAUAUGUUAGAUAUGGUUGGUUGUCCAUUAGCCAUUAAUUUCAAGGAUUUGUUACGCCCGGAAUCAUCCCGAACCGAGUUUUUCAUCAGCGCACUUUUGAAUUUUGCUCUAUACAAAGAUUCAAAAAUGGAACUUAUAAGACCAAUGGCAGAAGAGUUGAGUAUCCUUGAUGAGCAGCGGAAGCAGGAGGAGGCAAAGGUUGCUCAGUUGAAUGCAGAGAUUGGAGAAUUUGAUGAAGCCGUUGAAAGGGAUUUACCUUUCGUCCAAGAGCUAGAAGCCAACAUUCAAGAACUGAAUCAGAAAAUAUUAGCACUAAAUAAUCAGCAGAUGUCACUGCGAGCUACCUUCCAGAAAAUGAGAGAUAAGAGUACACAGAUGGAUAAGGAGAUUUCCACAGCAGAGUUUGACCUUGUGCAAACUGUCCAAGAAAACGCAAACCUCCGCGCACAAAUUGUUCAAUCUCCAGACAAAUUGCAGGGAGCUUUAGAAGAGAAGAAACUAGUACUUGGGGAGACAAAGAAAGCUGAACAAUCAGCAAUGGGAUCUUUCCAGGAAAAGGCUGCCAUUCUUGAGGUUUAUGAGAAGGCUUUCAAGAAAAUUUCAAAGUCAUCUUCGCAACUGAAGUUAAUUAACGAACAGGUAACCAAUGCGAAAGCAGUUGAGAAAGAAUUCAAAGCUCUUAAAGCUAAGCUGAGCGAGGAAGGAGUAGCGUACAUAUCACUUGAGGCGAAAGUGGUUGAGCGGGAAAGAAUAGUGGAACAGUUGAACGAAUCAUUGAAACAACUAGAGAAAGAAAAAGCAGUCAUGUUUGAUGAGUGGACAAAACAAUUGAAUGGAUUAAAAGUGGAGGUUGAAUCCAGAAGACGUGAACUUGAAGCCAGGCAAACCAAUGUUGAAUCAGUAGUAGCAAUGGUUGAUGACAAUAAUGCCAAGAUUAACCAGGUGAGACAGUCAGGAGAAGCUAAAGUAAAACAACUAGCCACUAAAUAUGAAGAGAUCGUGAAGCAGUUUCAUGAAUACACGGUGUCGUUUGAUGCGUUUCUACCAAGCCUCUAAAGGACAAGGCAGGUCUCAGUUGAGCUAAAUCAAGGUAGAGGAGAGAUUGUAAUGAGCACAUAUUCUCUACAAAUGGUUAAGAAUUUGACUACUAAAUUAAUUCCUCGUGAUUGUAUUAAAGUUGGAUAAUGUUA